AUGAAAGUGCUCAAUUUUUCAAAUUCUCAAGAUGUACAAACGAGCGCUUUCCUUGGCGAUAACGACUUCGAGAUUUUUGACGAAAAGCCCCCGAAUCGUGGAUCGGGAGACUCCGGUCAAAGCGCUCUCUUCAACGAUGAACGAAGAUGGAAAGAUGACGAGACGUUUAACGCAAUCGGAGCAGCUGAUGAGCUUGCAUCGUAUCUCGGAGUGUGCAGAGAAGCGGCUGUUCGUGCGUGUCUACCCCCGGAAGUCGCAGAGACGUUGAUCCGAGUGCAAUGCUGUCUACAAGAUGUGUUGGCUCAUUUUGCGACCCCGCCCAAUGCAACUGAUCGCAAGAAGAAAUUGACGAAUUUUGAUUCGGCGAUGGUCUACUGGUUGGACGGAGAAAUCGAGCGAUUCGCUGAGAAAGUCCCACCAUUGAGGCAAUUCAUUUUGAGUGGCGGCGGGGAAACAUCGGCAUCUUUGCAAUUCGCGCGAACGAUUGCACGACGAGCCGAAAGAGCUGCGGUGCCUCUAUUGCGAGCUGAAGCAAUUGAUCCAAAAGCUUUGGUCUUUCUGAAUCGAUUGUCGGAUUUGUUAUUCUUGCUUGGAAGAUAUUCUUGUAUGAAGACCGGGCACGAGGAAUUGGUGUACAUGCGUCCAAAGGAAUUCACAAAACAACGAUGGCAAAGCAAGAAAUUGGUGAUGCCACUUCAUCCAUCUCUUCUUCGGGUGUUGGCCAGGCGGCCUCUUUACACUUCGGGCGUUGUUAGCAAUCGACGUGGCCCGUUGACCUUUGAUGGUUGGUACCCGCGUGAUCACAAGCCGGGCCCGUAUCCGGAGACGGAAGAAGAACGACGAGCCGCCGCCAUCAAAUACGGACUCCGGCCCGAGGACUACAAGCCAAUUGAUAAGAAUGAUGUCGUGCGAUACGCUGGCGAUUAUCCAGAGUUCGGCAUUGUAACUUUCGAUCACAAAGAUCCAUACGAGGAUUGGGGUGAUCGAAUGAUGCGAAGAAAUUGGGGAGAAAUGACGGGAAUCGACAUGAUGCGCUAUCGGCCCGAUCGUUUGACAUUCACCGGACUCAAUGAAGAGGAUUACACAACAUGGGGUCACAUCAAGAUCAUUCUUCGAGUUGUCGUGCCAAUGCUUGUCCUCAGCUAUUUCUUCAUCGACUCCGAUCCAAGUGCGCUCCGAUGGAGAAAUCCCACGAUGCCAAAGCAGUACGCUUGGGACUUUGCCCGUGCUUUCCCAUACGAGGAUCCCCGCGACUACCCGAUCACCAAUUACUCCUUCGAACUCGAGGACAAG